GUUGUAUUUGCAGCUUUUGUUCUGUUCUGUCAGCAAACGAGAAGAAAGCACUGGUUGGUAAUUAUAGUUGGUUUUGGUUUUCAUUGAAGUCGGGAAACCUUUGCCAAGCAUUCUUUCGGUUUAAAUAUUAGCAAAAUCAUUCGUAAUGGGAGAAGGUGACGAUACAGCGAAGAAGGUUCAAGACUACAAAGACAAUCUAAUUAAAAAAGCAGAAGAAUUAAUUAUCAAAGGGUUUCCCGAAAAAAUAGUUAAACUCAAUGAUUUGUUGUCUACUUCCCAAUUUGCGGAGCGGAAUUUUGCUGAUGUCUACCAGGAUCUCAACAUUCCAGUGCCGGAUCCAAUUGAACUAAAUAAUGUGGACAUUGAAAAACCUGAAUUUGAAGAACCAGGCGCUAAACGUUCACGUAUUGAUUUAUCUACGGUAAGUGGAACGAAAGUCAUGGCAUUGCCGAGCGGACGUGUUAAAUGUAACACUCCCAUUUGCGAACUGAUCAAAGUCGUCAAGCCGGUCAUUCGCUCAUUGGUUGAGGAUUCUAAUCUAUUAAAGAUGUGGAUCUCGUUUAUGAUUCCCAAAAUUGAAGAUGGCAACAACUUCGGAGUAUCAAUUCAGGAGGACACUCUCGCGGAGAUCCAGUCAGUCGAAACAGAGGCUGCUGCAUUCUUUGAUCAAAUUUCCAGAUACUUUGUUUCGCGGGCUAAAGUAGUAUCAAAAGUCGCCAAGUAUCCCCAUAUUGACGAUUACCGUCGCGCUGUUCAAGAACUAGACGAAAAGGAAUUUCUUAGUUUAUGGCUAGUUCUGAGUGAAGUGAGGAAUCGCUAUUGUUCACUUCACGACAUCGUAAUUAAGAACAUGGAAAAGUUGAAAAAACCCAGGUCCUCGAAUGCCGAAAGUUUGUAUUAAACAAGCGUAACGUUGAACCGCCGGACAAGUUGCGGAUCCACAACAUUAUGUUAAGCAGUUCUACUAACUAUGUUAUUGGAAUGAAAGUAGUGUAGACGCAAGGAAUACAGAAAAAAUCAAUUACAAUGGACAUGGUCAUACCAGCAAAAGUAAACAUUUUUUUUAUAAUUAGCUCAUUUGAAUUUCCUUACUUCAAUUUGUUUGUUCUGCGUGAUAUGUACGCUAGCCUAAAUGAAUGGUUUUCUGAUUCGUACUGAAAAAAUAAUUACAUGUUUUUAUUAUUACAACAAACAUAGAAUGGCGGUUCUCGUCUGCUGAUAAGACCAUUUGAAAUGUUUGUUUUACAUUAGUUUCCUUAUGCGUUUAUGAAGUGUGAAAACAAUUGUGCAAACAGCACAACUAAAGACAAUUAUUUUCCAUUUAUUUUGGCAGCGAAAGCAAAUGGAAUGUGUUUUCGAUUUUCUCUUUAAUACUAUAGCACUGUCCAUGCGAUUGAUGGUAAACUUAUCGUAAUUCCAAUAAAAUAUAAAUUUUUAUAAAGGUA